CUUGUUCACAGCAGACAUUCGUAUUCUGGGUUUUUAAUUAUAAAAACGCAGGACAUGAUAGUUGGCCGUUUUUUUCUUAAUGCGUUGAUAUGAGAAGAUGCACCGCUAUUAAUAGAUAUAUUUCGACAACUGAAAAGCUUAAUACUUUGUGAUUGACAUUUUGUAUCUUCCAGUGCGUCACCGCAAUACAGCCAUGGCAUGACGUGAUUACUGUGCGUCUGAUUUGAAAGUGUUGUAGUAACGAACUCUACUAUACACAUCUCUCUCCAAGUAUAUCCGUUGGAUAUUUAGGUGAGGAGCAAUAAUCUAGACCUAGAAAGACAACCCCGUAGUGCGAGAUGUCUCACUCGCAGCCGUCUGGCCCGCUUCCCUCAGCCCCGGACUCCCCUGCUUUGGGAGUCACAGUUAGCGGAAACGUCCAGAAGUAUGCCAUUAAAAAGAAGAAGAUUCUCAACGCGGAGGAGAGUGAGCUGUUUGAGCUGACACAGGCUGCAGGCAUCUCCAUUGAUCAAGAAGUCUUCAAGAUCAUUGUAGACCUCUUGAAGAUGAACGUUGCUCCCCAAGCCGUCUUCCAGACGCUGAAAGCCAUGUGCGCAGGUCAGAGGGUAGCUGACAUCUCACUAGGAGACUCCUCCUCUGCCUCUCACACGACCACCGCCAACACAGCAACUCCGUCAGAACCCCGAGAAGAUGACACUGUAGUGUCAGUCAAGAGCAGUAGGCCCCCGGCUCCUCCCCCCUCCAGCUCGGGCCCCAGAGCCUCCCGGGGCAACACUAAGAUCGGGGUCCACGGCCCCCAAGAAGCUAGCUCUUCACACCCUCAAGUGCGCAGCAAAGCAGGCGUGGCUCACGGUGACAAGACCAGCAGAGACAGAGAGGGUUCCAGCCAGCGGCUGCAACGACAGGCCAGCGCCACCAGGGGGCAGAAGACCACAAAGAGUUCAGCAAGCAGCAGCUCCUCCUCACAGAUGACCUCCAACUAGCCCACAGGAGAAUCCUUCUCUCUCUGAGGUCACCAAAGCCUCCCCCACGCUGACCUCUGACCUUUAUGUCCAUACUGGGUUGAGUCUCUCAAAACAUCCAAUAAACGCUUACUGCUGGAUGGAUGAGUUUUUGAGAGUGAGAAUGUUGAAGUUUCACUUGAUGAUCGCGCAGAGUGGAGUGGAUGACAAAUACUAGAACAUUCCCAAACAACAUUUGGGGUCUGUUCGGUACAAAAACGAUUCAAGUUGUAGGUUGUGUUUUUGGGGGAUUUAAUACUGUGCUUCUGUCUGCAUCUGUUGCCAAUGUUUUAUAUUUGCUUGUACGGUUAUUGUUUAUCAUUUGGACUAAAUGGACACUGAAUAUAUUGUAAGUGUAAUGGAAUAGCCCUCAUUGUGGGGAACCAACUGUUUCUAUACUGUUGUAUUCAUUGGGAACGCAAUAAAAUGUUACUCUUUUGAUACCA